GAGGUCGCCGCCGGAGCCGCCGGAGCCGCCGGAGCCGCCGGGCUAAGGCGCGGGCGCCGCAUCCGGGCCUGCCUUUGAGACAACCUCUGCGGCGGCGGCGCGCGGCCCGGGGACGCCAGGCUGGGGCAGCUCGGGCCCGGUCCAGGCCUCUCCUCUGCUCCCGCCGCCGCCGAGCCUGCGGCCCGAGUCCUUCGGCAGCCAGGGCUCAGGCUAGCUGCCUUCCCUGGGCGCCCUGUCCUGGAGCCAUGGGGCCCACCUAGCCCCUGCCUGCCCGGAUGUCCCGGCCCGGGGACUGCUGAUCUCGGCUGCAGGGGGACCCCCCCCAACGCCCCCUCGCCAGCCUCAGCAGCCAGAGACCCUGGGUGAGUCCCUGGGCCCAACUUCCAGCCCAGGGCAGCCUCCCACACCCCCCUGCCCCUGCACCUCUCCUCCUCCCCCGCCUCUCCCUCCUCCUCCUAGGACUGGACCCGAGAAGCCGCUGUGGCCGCUGGGGGGGGCCCUCCCACCCAAGCUCUUGCCAGCCUCCCCCAGGAGUCCACAGAGCAGCCAGGGUCCCCACCAGGCCUGGCGGGACCAGGAUGCUGCCCCCUCGCCUCCCCCCGGCCCCACCCAACUCCCCCACCCACCCGAACGCCCAGCCUGACUGGAGACAGCCGGAUGCCGGCUGACCCCGGGCCCGAGGCGGGCAGUGGCUGGCCAGGCUUCCUCAUGUCCUGCCUGAAGGGCCCCCAUGUCAUCCUCAAGAUGGAGGCCAUGAAGAUCGUGCACCCCGAGAAGUUCCCCGAGCUGCCGGCGGCCGCCCCCUGCUUCCCACCUGCGCCCCGGCCCACCCCCGCUCUGGCGCCCAAGCGAGCCUGGCCCUCAGACACGGAGAUCAUCGCCAACCAGGCAUGUGGGGGGGACAUGCCUGCCUUGGAAGGGGCGCCCCGCACCCCGCCUCUGCCACGCCGGCCCCGCAAGGGCAGCGCGGAGCUGGGCUUCCCCCGAGUGGCGCCGGCAGACGAGGUCAUCGCGAAUCAGUACGUGAUCCGGCCGGGCUCUGCGGCCUCGGGCGGCCCGGCAGCCUCGGCGCCAGCCGCGGGCGAGCCUCUGGAGUGCCCCACCUGCGGGCACACGUACAACGUCACUCAGCGGCGGCCCCGCGUGCUGUCCUGCCUGCACUCUGUCUGCGAGCAGUGCCUGCAGAUUCUCUACGAGUCUUGCCCCAAGUACAAGUUCAUCUCUUGCCCCACCUGCCGCCGUGAGACUGUGCUCUUCACUGACUACGGCCUGGCUGCGCUGGCCGUCAACACGUCCAUCUUGAGCCGCCUGCCUCCCGAGGCGCUGACCGCCCCGUCCGGUGGCCAGUGGGGGGGCGAGCCUGAGGGCAGCUGCUACCAGACCUUCCGGCAGUACUGCGGGGCCGCGUGCACCUGCCACGUGCGGAACCCGCUGUCCGCCUGCUCCAUCAUGUAGCGUCUGCCCAGCUGCCGCCGCCCACCCGCCCUCGCUCGCCGCUUCUUCAGGGAUCGGCCCUGCCCUGUUGCCUGCUGACCCCUUGCGCACCACAGCUUCUGGCCCCUACCCGCGUGGCAUUGUCGCUGCAGCCAACUUUGCCAUUAAAACUCUUUGCCAAAGUU